CCAAAAGAAAUAAACUGAAAUAAUAAUAAUUUUUUUGUUUCCCUCAAUGUGUUCGUAAACAUUUUAUACACGCAGAAUUUUUUUUUUUGCGUAUGUGUGUGUGUGUGCACUAAUACUAAGAAACGUGGAUUAAACCGCCAAUUUCAUACUACUUGUAUAUAUAAAUAGAUAUAUUUUGUAAUUUUAUAUAUACGUCUAUUAAAACUGUGCUAAAAAUGAUUGAUUUUUUUUUCUUUGUUGUAUUUUCCCCAAAUCGAUAUACCAUCCGACGCACACACUUAAGCGCAUAUAUAUUUGAACGCAUACACCGGCAGUUUGUAUCAUUAUUACACACAUGCGUUUGACGUUUUCGUGUUGACACUAGUCUCAUGUUUGCAUCGAUAACUAUGUUUGAUUUGCUUCAGCUGUCAUUUGUACAGCACGCAAUACCAGCCGAUUUCGAUAUUUUUCGAUUAAUCUGAAAUAAAUUAUCUUAUCUUUUAACCACUUAAAAAAAUCAAGACAGCGUAAAACCAAUCGUGUAUGCAACGAAAUGUAGUUUCAUCGAAAUAAAAUUGUGAUAAAUUGUUACCUUUAUCCUAUUUUUUUAAAUAAAAAAAAAUCGAUUGAAUCUGUAGUAGUGCAAAAUUUCAUAUUUCUGUAAAAUUUAUUUGCUGCUCUCGACCUCAUUUACAAAUUCAAAAAAUCAUCUAAUUCUAAUUAUAGUAAAUUAUAAAAAUAGUACACUACGAGUUAUUGUAGUAGUCUCUAUUUGAAUUGAUAACUGCAGUGCUUUAUUCAGUCAGAAUGUGUCAUUCUAAAGUCAUUUGUAAAGUUUUGAUUAGAUAAAUGUUGCCCGGAAAAUAUUUGGCCACAAUGCGAUCGAUCAUUGGAUUGAUGAAUUAAUUGAUUGUGAUUCGAUGUAUAAUGGAUUUAAUUGAUGAAAGUGAUGAUGAUGCCGGUAGCGAUACAUCGACGCAAGAAAGUUGUACGCUAGUACGAAAUGACAGUGUGAAUAAAACGGAUGCAAUUAAUCGUCGCAUUUCAAAUUAUAUCGGCGAUUCAAGGCAUUCCGCCGAAUAUAAUAAUUUCGAAAUGUUGCCAUCGCAUAAAUUAUCACGCCGAAAUAAAUAUCUUAAGCUAUUUCUGUGUAUAUUUGGAUUUUCUUCUACGCUGAUAAUUUUGUCACAAAUUUAUUUAUCGCUUUAUUUGGAUGGAUCUGCGUUUGGAUUAAAUUUGUCAGUUUCUGGAUGGGAUCGAAACCAGAGCCGAAGUAUACCAUUUUAUAUUCUGCCCGAUGAGAAUACCACCAUUUUAGAACCAUCGUCAUUAUGUAAAGGAAAUUCACCAAUUUUGCUGCUCAUCGUAAUUUGUUCAUCGGCUGACAAUUUUGAAAUAAGACAAACAUUGCGAGAAACGUGGGCCAACACCAGCGAAUUCAAUUAUUCAAAAUUUUCAUCGCUUCAUUCACACCUCAGAGGAAAAUAUUUACCGAUUAACUAUCCUAAUUGGAGGAAUUAUACAGUAUCUAACUAUAAGGAGUCUUCCGAUAGUGCAAAAGAAAAAAAUAGUGAUAACAUUUAUGAUGAAACUAGUCAUGUAGACUUCCAAAUACGAACCGUCUUUCUUAUCGGCCAAACUGAAAACAAUGAAACCCAGGAUCAAAUUCUUGAAGAGAGUCGCAUACACAACGACCUCAUUCAAGAAAGUUUUUUAGAUACCUACAAUAAUUUAACAUUAAAAACUGUUAUGAUGUUGAAAUGGAUCAACAAUAAUUGCGUUGGAAAAGUAAAAUUUUUAAUGAAAUGUGAUGAUGAUACGUUUGUUCAUGUACCGAAUUUGAUUCAUUUUCUACUUGGUGGCACAGUCCCCGUGUAUAAUUAUACACUUCAGCGAUAUAAUCAAAAAACGAUACGCACACUAUCCGCCGCAAAUCGACUGCAUCAGUAUGAAAAUCUUUUGAUUGGCACUCGAUUUUGCAAGUCAAAGCCAAUCAGAGAUUUUCGAAGUAAAUGGUUCGCGCCACGAUACAUGUACGAUAAGACAAAUUAUCCAAACUAUUUAUCUGGUACUGCAUAUGUGUUCACAAUGGAUGCUAGUGAAAAAUUAUACAAUGCAUCGAUGGUAAUGCCAAUAUUACACUUAGAAGACGUUUAUUUGACAGGUAUUUGUGCUGAAAAUGCAACUAUCACACCGCAAGAUCACCCGCUAUUCAAUUACUUGCCUUAUAGUCAUUUAUGUGAAGUGCGAGGAAUGAUAACAGUACAUGAAAUCAAAUCAAUUGCAAUGCGAAAAGCCUAUAACUUUGUUAUGAAAUCGAAUGUUACCUGCUCAGGACCGGGAAGAAAAGCGACAGUUCGUCCAUUAAAAAAGACCUAUUGUUAAGUAUAAGUACUAAGACUUUUAUUUGUUUAUGUAUUUAAAUUUAAAAAAAAAAUGGUCUUAUAACAGUAGAAAAAUGCCAAAUUUCAGAGGAAACGAGACAAAACACUUUAAACCGUGCAUUCCAACUGACUGAUAUCAAAAGUAGCUAUUAAUUAUUAUUUUUCCUUAAUUUAAGUUAUUUGCCAAUUUGCCAGCUAUUAUUUUUUCUUCUUCUAUAUGAAAUCAAAUCCUCAUGGUAUACUGUUGGAUAUGCAGCAUUUUUAAGCUCUGUACGCCAAGUAUACAGAUUCUCCAUUGAUACAUAUAUUUGAUUUAUAUUUUAUUUAUAUUUACGUUGCACAUUUUCGAUAAAAUGAUGUUGUCUUCUUCAGAUUAUAUUUAAAUAGUAUAAAUAUGUUGUUACCAAAAAGUGGCAUUGACACAAUUUAAUAUGUGCCAAUACAAAUGUAAUAUGAUUGUUCAAUGUAGAAAAUCACAUUCAAUUUAAAUGGCGAAAAUGAUAGCGACGAAACGAUUAUAUCCAUGAUUACGUAAUAAACGUGCUGCUGUAUCUUCUAUCAAA